GCUUUUUUGUUUUGUGUGUCUGUGUGCUUUUUCCAGUAUGGAAAACUUAAGAUUCAACAUGACCGGAACCCUUGACUCCUACAAUAUCGCAGUCUCAGAUUUAAAGGCGCUCUUUGAGCCACAGGCCAUAACAGAUGUGGUUAUUGAUGCACUGAUGGGUUUGUACUGUAAGGACUACCCCAAUGUCUUUCGGAUAUGUAGUCAGUUCCUGACAAAAAUUUUGUCUGGGUCAAAGAGGGCAAAAAGCGACUAUUUUUGUAAGAGGGACAUAUUCAGAAAGUUCAAUAAAGUGAUUGGUGCUGUCCUUGAAAAUCAAAAUCAUUGGACCCUUUUUUUCUGUGACAUAUCAAAAAGGCAGCUAACAUACAUGGACUCCCUGGGAGAGUCUGAAGAAAGGAAGAGGGAUGUCAUGAAGAACUGGCGAAAUGUGGUGGCCACUGCCAUCAAAGUUGCUGGCAAACAACUUGUGGCAUAUGUGUACUCUGGGAAAGGACGCAAAAGAAAUCUACCAGAAACUUUGCGCAAUCUUACCAAAAAGGCCAACACAAAGGUGAGCAUUUUCAGUGCGCUUACGGAGGGGGAGGCUUCAGACUUGGCCAGCGGUCUAAGUCAAAGCCUGUGUCGCACCAUUGAACCACAGUUGGUGCGAAAACACAUCACUGAUGAAGACACAGAGGUUACAAGGAAAACGCUGGGCAUCAUCAGGGAGGAGUUGAAGUCGAACCUGCAUCCCACAUCUGACUUCAGCUUACUGACCCACACCUUUGGCCCCCGAGCUGUUGAUGGGGUUCUAGGUUUUCUUUGAGAGUUUGAAAAAAAAUUUAAAAAAUACAAAAUACAAAAAAUGAUUCAUUCCCUCUUACUCAUCUAUCAAUACAGAUAGUUUCUGCAGUUUGCUGGUUAUGUGUGAAUUAAUGUUUUCUGCAUGAUCAACUUCUGUUCUUCUUCUGUUCAGAUCUUCAGUUUAAAUCAUUAAGAUGAUCUCAAAAAUUUUAAAUGUUUAUAUAGUAGAAACUAU